AUGAGCAGCAACACCAGCAGAUCUGGUUUGGUUCCAACACCUAAAAGGACCCGAAGAGUUUUGCGAAAGAAACUUGGCAACAAUGACGAUUUGCCGAAGAAAUUUGAGGCCUUGCCUAUGGCUUUGUCUCUACGGCCAUUUGGUGGUAUUUACAAUCCAUUUUCAAAAGGCUGUUCGGUUUUGUGCAACCAUCCGGCACCCGCUGAAGUUAAGAAGGUCAUAAACAAAUGCAAGCAAUCACUGACAGUUGAAGGCAAAAAUAUACAUUCCCUGCAGAAUUCAUCACGUCCUGAUAACCUUACACAAGAACCUGAUCACGCCACCGAUAACAUACCCGAAGAUCUGUUUCGUCGGUAUACCGACACAGAUUCCCGACCUUUAACACCCACACCAACAGUUACGAGUAUUCACACUCGCACCAGUGCUGGAUCAUUUCUCAAUAAUAGACGCUGUAUAACACCGGAACUGGGCAAAAACGAUGUUAUCAAACGGAAAAAGAUUAUACUCGACUUACGGAAGUCACAUUCACAGGAGACCCUCUACUGGAAGCCAGCCUCCGACUUAUCCAGCGGCAUCACCGACCCCGAGUUCAAGACCCGUAGUGCUGGUGCAAACGAAGACAAGAAGGGCAGGAAACAAAAAUCCGAGGAUCCAAGACCGAAGUCAUCGUUGGCGGUCACCACAACUAUACCGGAGGAAGAAACAGUUGAUGACACCAAAAAAUCCUCACAGACCUGCAUCAAUGAGCAAGACUACGGCGACGAAGACAUUCGAAGGGGAAAGAAACGAAAAAAAAUGAAAACAGUGGCCACUACUGCCACCACCUUUCACUUGAGUCAAGAUCCUGAAACACAGGUGGCAGCCUUGGGUCCGGACUCAUUAAAUCCCAGCACAAGACCAAGCCUUAUACCGAAUUCGGUCAGCUUAUUACCGAACCAUGACAAAAGCGAAGCGGAACAUGUGUUGCUCAAGGGAAGUUUCUUAACAGACGAGGCAUUCCAAACGUUGAAAAUAAAACUGAACGUUGAUGUUAUUGAAAACACAUUUGAUAAAUAUCUGAACAGAGCUUAUCGAGAAGCUUACAAAUUCAUGCCGUCAAAACCCUCAGAUCAAAACGAUGUUAGUCACGAAUUGGAAAAACUACAUUUAAUCUGUGAGAAUAUGCCAAGGAAAUUCUCCAAAUCGGCUACCAGAUUUAACGUCCCACUGAAUUUAAAAUCGCUUGAAAGAAUGAGUGUAUGGGAUUACUUAAGCAGAUAUGUGUGGGUGUCAAGGCAGAGGAAACAAAUAUAUAAAAGAAUAUUUUUGAAGUACAUAAAGACGCCACAAGGAGUUGCGGGGCCCGAAACACGUGAACGCCAAUCUAAGACUGGAGAUAACGAAAUACAGUUCCCGCUUCCUGAAUACCGAGAACGCGUAAUGAACAAACAGUGUUUGUACCAGGCACUCGAAGAUGUGUUAGAAUUUUACGGCACGGAAAAAAACAUCAAACGGGUUCUUGAAAUUCUAGACUAUGAGAAUCUGAAAGAAGAUGACAGCAAGGAGUUGACUUUUAGAACUUGGUGUGGUUUGGUGGCCUUUGCUGAACGGUUAGCCUUGGACGAUCCCAACGGAACGGAUUCGUGUGACGAGCUAGAGCGCGCCGACUUCAACAGCAUGGAAUCUCGUCUUCAGAACUACAAAGUGCCAUCAGAUUUAAGAUUUAUAUUUGAUAUAGUGAAAAAUACCCACAAUGUAAAACAGUAA